CGCGUCCGACGCGAUGCGCUUCUUGAAUGCCGCCGCCCGCUUCGAUUCUCCUCCACGGGCAGCUUUCUUCGCGGCCUUGCGCGCGUCACGAGCAAUUAAUUGCUCGGCGCGCGCACGGUCGUCGGCCGAGAGCAAGGACGGGUCCUCCUUGAAGCGUGCACGCAGCUCCGCGUUGCGCCGGAUCGUCGUCUCGUCGGCUUGCGCGCCCCAGGCCGUCGUCUUCUUGGCCCGCUUCGGAGGCGCCUCACCGACGGGCGCCGCCGCUCGCUUGGCCGCGCGGCGCGCUUCGGCCGCAGCCGAUCUAGGGGCGCGCGCCGACGACGGCGCGGGAGCUGGUGCAGGUACGGGAGCUGGUGCAGGUACGGGAGCUGGUGCAGGUAUGGGAGCCGGCGCUGGCACCGGCGCCGCCACUGCGCCCGCCCGUCGCGCAGCCCGCCGUGCCAUCGCCGCGGGUGAGCGUUUCUCGGCCCUUUGCCUAGCGAACUGUUCUUGGCGCGUCAUUUGUGGUGCUGCUGGUACCGGUGCCGGUGCCGGUGCCGGUGCGAGGGCCGCGCGUUUCGCUGCACGCCGGGCCUCGGCUGCUGCACUUCGCUUCCUCUCCAUUUCUAAGCCGAGCUACAGCUGCAGACGCUGGCUGCGUUGUACAGCGGUGCAAUGCACAGGCGAUUGAUGUGUCAGAACCACCGAUGCGCGAGCUACGCUGCUGCAAUUGUGCGAUUAAU